AGUAGUCCGGUCGACAUUUGGGCUUAGUACACGUACCAUACAGAGCAUCAGGAGCUUGGACGGUUAAAAUGGGUCGCGUUAUUAGAGCACAAAGAAAGAGCGGAGGAAUUUUCCAAGCUCACACUCGCCUUCGUAAGGGAGCCGCUCAGCUCCGUACUUUGGACUUUGCUGAGCGUCACGGAUACAUUCGUGGUGUCGUCCAAAAGAUCAUUCAUGACCCUGGUCGUGGUGCUCCUUUGGCUAGAGUUGCUUUCCGCAACCCUUACCACUACCGUACUGAUGUCGAGACCUUCGUUGCUACUGAAGGUAUGUACACUGGUCAAUUCAUCUACUGUGGUAAGAACGCUGCUUUAACCGUUGGUAACGUCUUGCCCGUUGGUGAGAUGCCUGAAGGUACUAUUGCCUCCAACGUCGAAGAAAAGUCUGGUGACCGUGGUGCUUUGGGUCGUUCCUCUGGUAACUAUGUAAUCAUUGUUGGUCACGACGUUGACACUGGCAAGACUCGUGUCAAGUUGCCCUCUGGUUCCAAGAAGGUCGUUCCUUCUGCCGCUCGUGGUGUCGUUGGUAUUAUCGCUGGUGGUGGUCGUGUCGACAAGCCCUUGCUUAAGGCUGGUCGUGCUUACCACAAGUACAAGGUCAAGCGCAACUGCUGGCCCAAGACUCGUGGUGUUGCUAUGAACCCCGUCGAUCACCCUCAUGGUGGUGGUAACCAUCAACACGUUGGUCACUCUACCACUGUCCCCCGUGGAUCCGUUCCUGGUCAAAAGGCUGGUCUUAUUGCUGCCCGCAGAACUGGUCUCUUGCGUGGUGCUGCAGCUGUCGAAAACUAAGCUUCGUUAUCUAAUUGUUUCAAAAUGCUCGCUAUCCAAGCUACCUUUGUUUUGGGUUAUGUAAUGUUUAUAAAAAGUAAUACAAUGAUGGCUGUCUGUUCAUGUGUUAUGAGGGCAAGAAAAAUAUUUAGAC